CGACAGGUGUGGCAGUCAUGCAACAUGGAGGUCAACCUAAUGUUCCUGAUGGACUGGUUCAAGAACUUCAACUACACCGUGCCGACUCUUCUUGAGGAUGGUGUUAGUGUGAUGAUUUACGCUGGCGAAAUGGAUUUUAUCUGCAACUGGAUCGGCAACAAGCAAUGGACGACAGCACUGAACUGGCCUGGCAAAGCGCUGUUCAACGCAGCCCUCGACGAGCCAUUCCGGGCCCCCGACGGCACUGUGGCUGGGCUUUUCCGCACCGCCGCCGCGGCGUCGACGUCGAACCUGACCUUCGUGCAGGUGUACAACGCGGGACACAUGGUGCCAAUGGAUCAGCCAGCGUCUGCCUUUGUGAUGAUAAGCAACUUCCUGCAAGGCAGACCCUUCAAUUGA